GGUACCCACCACGUCUCAAAAAAACACGUGACAGAUCCUGCUUCAACCUGGCGUGCAGCGUGCAGUUGCAGCAGCUGUUCAUCAUCGACGAGCUACAGAACACAUCUGCUUCACAGAUUCAAGCUAGGAAAGUUACCAUGAGCUCGCGCCUUGCUGCCGUGAUUGCUUUACUUUUAGCCUCAGUUGAUGCCACACACCAAGAAGUACUCGGCGAAGUGUUACUCGCGUUGGAAAAGGCUGCCGUCUUCUUUGAAAAUGAGUUUAGACACAUUAAUCUGGACGGGGUCAUGGGAUUUCAAAUUUUGAAUGUGGAGGUGGAGGAAGCUUUGAGAAGAUGGCCCCACACAGACCCUUGGAACACACCUCAGCUCUCCAGAGUGAAGAGGCUGGUGAAAAGGCUGAAUUCUGUCAUUGCCCAAGCAGCCCUUACACUCCAGGAGAGUGAUCCUACAUAUUAUAGAGAAUUUGAACCCAUUUUGGGAGCUGACUUUUGGACAGUUCCUCACAUGUGGAAUACAUCAAACCCAGCUCUCGUCUACCCGGCAUUCAGAGAAGUGGAGUGCUUUGACGAGAAACUGAGUGACAGGUGUAUGACCCUUCUGCUGGGAACAUGGAAAGACAACGGGACUCCAUGCAUUGUCACUAAUUCCUGCAGGAACAGUAUGACGAGGUUCGGAUGCCCUGAUUACUCCCUGUCUCAUCAGCUGUUGUACUUCCUGUUCGGAGCAAUGCAAGGGUGUUAUAACAUACUGCAAGGGGAGCGCAGGGAGAGCCGAGCCAACCUGACAGACCGCGACUACAAGACGAUUUUCUGCUCUAACAUGAUGAAGCGCAACGUUGAGUUUGAAAAGAAUGGUUUCCCAAUCCAGACACGGGACAUUUUUAUGGAGAACAUAAUGCUAUGUGGAAUGGCAGGCUUCUCUGAUUUCUAUAAACCCAGCUGGCUGAGGCACAUCCUGACAUGGCAAGACUCUGAUGUCGGUUGUUUUGGGAAAGAUGCAUUGCUCAUUAUCUUUACAGAGGAGGAGGAAAGCUCACAUAGACUGGAGAGAAACCUACUUGAGACCACAGAUCUUCACAAAAGAGUGAAGAGAAGAGAAAAAACAUUAAAGGAUGGAUGUUCCAGCCACAUGACUGCAGUUGCAGUGAGUACAUUGGGAGGGUACAUGAACUUCUACCAAACGGAGCAGGACACUACUAAAAGACCACUGACUUAACCACACAGUACAUGAAACUCAUCUGUAAGAUUCUUCCUUGAGUCACUACCCACGUGUCAGCUCUAAAAAUUAAGUAACCACUGAAAAGAGAAAUAUGCUUGCUGAUCCUGUAUUAAUCCAUAAAGAUAAAAUAAUAUGUAGCCCAGUAAUCAACAAUGACAUUUUGUAUGAAAAAUGUAACAUUAAAAAAGUGUUGUUUGAAAUAGAAUGUAGGAUCAGGAAUAUUUAUUACCACUAAAACUCCCCUAGCUCCCAGUUAUCUACUAGGGUGUUGUUAUAUGAACUGCUCCCACGAGGUGAGCUUUUUUAAGCCAUUAAUCGCUUCAGGGCUUGAAUAUUGUCGUAGAAAUGUAACUGCCUUAUUAAUGUUUUACAGUGUUUAUCAAGUGCAUUAUUGCACUGUUUUUAGGUUACACUGGAUAAGUCUAUGCUAAAAAACCCUGUUGUAUCUGUUUUUUUGUAACACAAACUUAGUGGCUGUUAUUUAUUAAAGAUUUUGUCAGAUAAAAUGGCUUUUGGAUGUAGAAAAUAAAAUAUUGCUUUGAGAGUUAAAUAAAUCCAUUUGAGCAGCUGUGAGAUACAGUAUGGUUUAUUGCUAGAAAAAUAAAUUGAGCAUUUUCAGAGUAUAUUCAGGUUCUGCAGAACAAAUACAGUAAUUGAAAAGUGUGCAUUAAGAAAUAA